AAGUGUAGAGUUUUACAGCGCUCGUUCAGUCAUCGCUUGGACAACGCACGGUCGACAUUCGCCGCGUCUUGUGCGUGCAAACAUCCCGCCGCGAUUUUUUUUUAUAACAAGAAACUAGUGCUUCUCGUAUCGGUAACGUUAUAAAUAUGCCUAAAAAGAAAUAAAUUACGUAACGUAUUUAAUUUAUAAAUCGGUUUUUUUUUGUUGUUGCUUUAAUUUUAAAUAAAAGAACAUGUGCUAAAUUGUGAAUUCGAAUUGACAUUGCGACCGCAUGCAAACAGUGCUGUGUAGUCGCGUCCAACAUUCUGUGAUACUGUUGCUGUGAAAACUUUAGUAAAUUAUUACAUUUAAAAAAAAAACUAACUUAAAAUCGUUUCGUGAAGUUAUUUCGCGAAACAUCCAAGAAUAAUUCUUUAUGAUAGGUCCAUAUAUGAAGUGUCAACAUUUCUACCCCAAACAUUAUGAUUUACAAAUGGAUAUUAUGAUAAGAGUGAAGUGUUGUCAAGAAACUAAAAAUCCAAAGUGACGAAGUGCCCUGUAGGUGUCUGUAGUGCUGCGUUCCUUUAUCCUUUCAAUGCUUAGUGUUUUCAAGAUGUCUGACAAGACCUCAUCGUCGGUCGGUCCCCGAAGUUUCGAGACGAUUUCGGAGGAGGACGUGACGUCACCUUGGGAGAAACUGUUGGAUGAUGUUAAUACUGCCGUUCCUACUAUAAUUAAAACUAAUGCGUCGAGUGCAACGAUUUCAAGAAUCGGGGAGGAGGUGUCUACGCACCCCCGAGUCGUGGACUUAGAGGCGAACAAGUUGACGCGCUCCAAGAGCCUCAACCAGCGGAGGAAUAGCAGCGGCCUCCUCAGUUCCAUCCCCCGACAGCUGCGGCUCUCUCUCCGUGGCGUUCGCAGUGAACCCUCCAGCGUCAAGGACGUCCCGACGACUAGAAACGAUAGUGCCCUCAAUCUUCUUCUUAAAUACCGUAAUGCUCGUUACGCAGCGAGACGUGUGCGGAAGCGCGUCAUCUUCAAGCACGGAGACUGCAAUGUGGUCCAAUGGAACGUGGCUAAGCGCAGGCGCCGAUACCUUCAGGACAUCUUCACGACCCUCGUGGACGCCCAGUGGCGCUGGACGCUGCUAGUGUUUGCGCUUUCCUUCAUCCUCUCGUGGCUCUUGUUCGCACUUAUCUGGUGGCUCAUUAUUUUCACUCACGGAGACCUCACCCCAAUUCCACUUACGGAACAGAGGGAACCACCCGUUCCCUGCCUCAACAACGUCAACUCCUUUACUGGCUGCUUCCUCUUUUCUGUUGAAACUCAGCACACCAUCGGCUAUGGAUCAAGGACAACAAAUGAAGAAUGCCCCGAAGCAAUAUUCGUCAUGUGCAUACAAAGUAUUGUCGGAGUUUUCAUUCAAGCUUUCAUGGUUGGGAUCGUGUUCGCGAAACUCUCUAGGCCAAAAAAACGCGCCCAAACUCUUCUGUACUCCAGGAACGCCGUAAUUUGUUUAAGAGACGGACAACUGUGUCUGAUGUUCCGAGUCGGCGACAUGAGAAAAUCUCACAUAGUCGAAGCUCAUAUUAGAGCGCAAAUCAUACGCCGCAAGAUAACAAGGGAAGGGGAAGUUUUGCCCUUUUACCAGCAAGAGUUGAAGGUGGGGGCUGAUGGAGAAGAGGACAGACUUAUGUUUAUUUGGCCUAUGACCAUAGUACACAAGAUCAAUGAGAAAUCUCCGCUAUACAAUUUGUCAGCGUCGGAUAUGCUCAGAGAGAGAUUCGAGAUCGUAGUUAUGCUUGAGGGUGUCAUAGAGUCAACGGGAAUGACAACUCAAGCCCGCAGCAGUUUCUUACCAUCAGAAAUUCUCUGGGGACAUCGUUUCGAGACCAUGGUCAAGUUCAGAAAGGAUACCGGUGAAUAUGAGGUUGAUUACACGCGGUUUAACAACACAUACGAGGUGGACACGCCUUUGUGUUCAGCAAAACAACUAGACGAACUGCGCGCCUCUGUUUCAACCUCACAGAAACUAGAUCGCAUGCUACCGAAAACAUUCUCAAACGACACGCUAGAGCUGAGCUCCAUCGAUUCGAUGUCUUUGGAUGAACACAUCGAGAUUAAGAUUCCGGAAUCGAGGGCCCGCGAGAACAGACUGAUGGCGCAAACAAACUUUGUACAGCACGUCAACGAGAAAAACAAAAACCCAAGUCAUCAUAACCACUUGGCCGUUGAAAACGGACAAGAUUUACUGCACAAGAACACUAUAGAGAGUAGAGUCGAAGGAAAGGACAAUCAUCAUAUGCACAGAAGUCAUAGUCAUGCCAGCAUGAAGAGGGUUCAUGGGCUAAUACCGAAUGGGAUAUGCCAUCCGAUUAGUGGUCAUGAACAUGUACCCGACGAUCAUACUUUAAACAAAUCCCCGAGUGAAAACUUCAUAGGGAAAACUCCAGUGAUUCCCAUCCUUGUAACGUCACCGGAGGCGGAGCCCGCCUGACGCCCCCCACUUCCACUUUCCAACUUCAAAGCGACAAGACACAAGAAGUCCCACGUUAGGUUCUCAAAUUGCUGUGGGGACUUAACAAAUUUAAAUACAAUUUAUAUAUGAAUUCCAUUGAUGUACUCAUUUUACAUUAAAAAAAGAUGUCGCUUAAAUACUUUAUUUCGAUUGUAGAUUUUUUAAGCGGCAUCUAGUUUUAACAGAGAGAACAACGUAUGUAUUAGUAUAAUUAAUUUCCUUUCAUAAGUCUGAAUUUUAUGAACGUUAAGAGGUAUAUAAUUAAUUGAUUUAGUAAAAUUUUACCACUAAUUUAUUCUUCGAACUAUUUCUAGUACAUGUGUCGUUGAAGAAACCACAACACGAGUGGUAGGAAUUACAAAAAAAA